GGUUAAGGCCCACCCGAGAGUCAGCGACCGAACGUAGGAAGUCUCAUCUCUCUCUCCUUCCCGCUGCUUGCUGCUGCAGUGCUGCUGGAUUGGCCUUGCAAGUUGCAGCUAUCUCUCUUUCCUACAUUCUCCCUUUUUCCUUUUUCCCUCGGAAAAAUAGUCACUCGUUUUCAGCUUCCAUUCCUAGGGUUCCCAGCACCACCACCGUCGUACCUCUCCCUCUUCUUCAUUCACUAUCAGUUCCCAAAUCCAAUCCUCAACCAUGAAGCUCACCGUUAAAACCCUCAAAGGCAGCCAUUUCGAGAUUAGGGUUCAGCCCACCGACACGGUGAUGGGCGUCAAGAAGAACAUUGAGGAUGUGCAGGGCAAAGACAAUUACCCUUGUGCCCAGCAGUUGUUGAUCCACAACGGUAAAGUGUUAAAAGAUGAGACUACACUGGCUGAGAACAGUGUCUCAGAAGAUGGGUUUCUGGUUGUUAUGCUUAGCAAGAGUAAAAGUUCUGGCUCAGCUUCAACAUUGUCCAGUCAGCCUGCAUCUACGACAACCCCAGCUACAUCUUCACAAACCUCAAAUCCAACUCCAGCACCUGAAGCUCAAACAGUGGCCCCAAAAAGUACUGCCUCUGCCUCAGAUGCAGCAACAGAAAAUCCACCAGCUGACACAUAUGGUCAAGCUGCUUCAACUUUAGUUGCGGGUACCAACCUAGACCAAACGGUUCAGCAAAUAAUGGAUAUAGGUGGAGGCACCUGGGACAAAGAAACUGUUACUCGUGCACUUAGGGCAGCAUAUAACAACCCAGAAAGGGCAAUAGAUUACCUGUAUUCUGGUAUCCCUGAAACGGCUGAAGUAGCUGUCCCUGUGGCUCGUGUGCCUGGUGGGCAGGCUACGGAAGCAGUAGCAUCCCCUGGGGCUCCUGUAACUGGAGCUCCGAAUUCUGCCCCCUUAAACAUGUUUCCUCAGGUAGAUCCUUAUUCUUCCUUCCUCCAGGAGCCACUUCCUGGUGCUGGAGCUGGUGGCGGGCUUGCAUCACUGGACUUCCUUAGAAACAAUCAACAGUUCCAAGCAUUGCGCUCGAUGGUUCAGUCAAAUCCUCAAAUCUUACAGCCCAUGCUUCAGGAGCUUGGGAAGCAGAACCCGAAUCUCUUAAGAAUGAUUCAAGAGCACCAUGCGGAAUUUCUACAACUAAUAAAUGAACCUCAGGAUGGUUCAGAAGAGGAGAUGUUUGACCAGCCUGACCAAGAGAUGCCCCAUGCCAUCAACGUUACACCCGCGGAGCAGGCUGCCAUUGAACGGUUGGAGGCGAUGGGAUUUGAUAGGCCCCUUGUGAUUGAAGCAUUUUUGGCCUGUGAUCGAAACGAGGAACUAGCGGCCAAUUACCUUCUGGAGCACGCGGGAGAUUUCGAAGAUUGACUACGGCCCCAAUCAAUUCAUGGGAAUUUGUAGGAAUGAGAUUUUGGGGUUUCAUAGAUUUUAUUUCAUGAUUCUACAGGGUUGAUCAAUCAGUGUCCUUUUCUUUCUAUGACAAUCUUGGAUUUGGUUGGUUGUAGUAGUGAUUUGGACCAACUUGUAAACUACUGUCAAAUAUAACUCCUUUCCCUCGCAUCAAUUUUGAGAAUGGUGUUCAUGCUCGAUUGAACUUUGCCAAACCGCCAUGGAUCUUCAGUCUACAUUAACCUUCAACGUUUG